AUGCUUAUAUAUGACCCGAGGCUGCCGGUGCAGGUUGAUCUGCAGGAUAUCGAUCUCAUGCUAGAUGAGCUAGAGGAGAUCGUUAAUGUUGCCGGGGAGGGCGUCGUUGGGGCGUUCUCGGCGUUUGCAUUCGAUGAGACGGAGCUGGAGAUUAGCAAUCCCAGUCUAUUAGCAGAAACUCCGAAUGAGAUGCAGCUGCAACUACUUGGAGGCCAAACAAUGCCUACACCGUGGGAAUUGGAACUGUCUGUGCAAGUGGACCCGGCGAUGACGGAGUUGAUGGACAACUAUAUCCACGUCGUCGCCGAUCUCCUGCAGCCAGCGCACCAUACCCAGAAUCCGUAUCGGUCUCUGUACAUCCCCAAAGCGAUGGACGCUGCCGCUUCAGCUUUAUUCGUCGGUAUUAGUGGGACUCCCUCGCAUGUUGGUACGGCACUGCUACAUGCCCUCCUUGCUGUCUCGGCGUUUCAUAUGCACCGGCACUGUCCGAGUAGGUCGCGGUAUAACCAAGGACGUCUGCACCGGCUGAAAGCAAUCGAGAGUCUGCAGUUGUCGAUAACCGCCGCGGAUAUCGAUGAUUUCCAUACGACCAUGUCGGCUAUGCUGUCAAUGGUUUCAAUAGAUGUAUGUCCUGAUAAGCCAGGCUAUAGCGGGUGCUAA